AUGGCUAUGAGACAAUCGAAAGCGCGCUUGUCAGCUAUUUGCCGGCUUAUAAUUGACCCUGGCUCAGAAGUCACCGACGAUAAAACCGGCGAGGCGCGCCUUCAAAUCCCAUCGGCCUACAUUGAUUCUAACAGCUUCCAAUUUGUUGUCGAUCGUUUGAAGGAGCUGAUCAAUGUUUGGCCUUCAACUAGCACAAACAGCAACAAUGGCGAGCUUCAAGAACCUCGAGAGCAGCGUCGAAUUUGUCAUGCAGAUUCCUAA